AUGAGGCGGAAACAUAUUCGCGCUCCGAGCGGCGCUACAGAAGCUGAGUUCGAUGCAGCAUUGGACGCAGCAGUCGAAGCAGCAUAUGACGAUGGUUACGAGCCUAUGGCAACUUCGGAGCCGGAAAACCAUCGGUUGGACGAUCCCGUCGUAGCGAAAGCGUUGCGCAAAGUUGAGCUGGCCAAAGAACGCGUCCGACAAACCGAAAGGGAAGCCUUCGAGCAAGCGAAUGGUAGAGAGCGACGGACGCAUAGUCAAACAGGACAACAACCUGACGGAGAUGUCGUACAUGAAGAUUUCUAUGAUGAUGGGUCUUCAGACGAAGAAGAGCGCAUCCUGGAGGAGAUGACGCGUGACUACUCGAUUGAUGAGUUUGCUUUCAAUCUGGCAUCUCAUCAAGUUGCAGCCAGGAAUUCAGGCUCAAGCAACUUGGCUGAACCAUCUUGGCAAGCGACUGCUGUGUCAACCGACACCGUAAACGCGGACGCUGCCACGUCACCGACUGAUGCCAUUGCAACAUCUAAAUUUCCUGGAGCUGGAAGCCCGAAAGCCCCGCCUCCAGUGCAGGCCUUACCGGAAUUACCUGCCAAAAAGUCGUUCUCAGCGACAACCUCGUCACCAGGGCCUGGGCAGAGUGUGCGGAGCAGACGGAUGUCUGGGCAAAAUCCUAAGCAACUAAAGAUUGAGACUUCCAAGCUGUCGCAGUUUGGCGACCCUGGGCGGCGGUACAGUGUUGCUCAGGCAUCGAGCGGGGCUCGUGGGAUCAACUUCGAUACUCCCGACAUGAACGGCCCGGCCAACAUGGACGACUCGAAGUCGGGACAGCGAGGACUUCACUGGGAGUCAUUCCGGCUCACCGUCUUUUAUGCCUCCUCUGAGGAAGAACUUCUCAUCUUCGAGUUUAAGAAGUAUGAAGAAUCGCAAUCUAUCAUUGUCCAACUUGGAUGA